UUGCAAAACAUGGGCCUACCACCCCCAGAACUUCCAUUUAAAUUCAGUACUUUCAAUGUGUAGGCCAUAAACAAAGCGUUGCAUCGGGGGUGCAUUUGCCAUUGCGUAAAAUGCUCAUAACAUUGUUACGUCAUAAUUGAUGAGGUUUAAAACUGAACAGAAAAACUGUUUGGAUCAGUCUUAUCUUCGUUGUUGACUGGACGACCUAGUGUUAAUCAUUGGAUGCGCAUUCUCUUAUUUUACAAGGAAAAGACAUGGAGAGUAAAGUAUCUGAGGUAUGUUACUUUAUUUUCAAUGCUGUGGUUAUUGUAAAUGAGAAGAAGAAUGAUUAUACAGAUUUUACAGCAGGAUAACAUCCAAUUGUAUUCAUUUAUGUGGGUUAAAAGGUAGCCUAUAGGCUGUCAUUGACCAAAACAUUUAAGUAAUAGGCUAGAUGUAGCAUGUAGGCCAACUUUCUAAUGACUUCAGGGGGUCAAAGGUUAUGACCCUUAGGUUGGGUGCAAGCAAAGAUGAUCAAUUAUAUUGACAAGAUAGUUGAGUGGCCACUCUAACAAUGGAAAUACAUAUCCUGGAAGGCAGGCGGGAGGGGGUGAGAUCAGGUAUGACCAUUCAAGCCAAGGAGAGGGCAGAUGCAUGUGUGAACAAAAGGCACAACUCCAAUAUAAAGUAGAUUUUUUUCCAAAGUUGCUGAAAUGCCAUGAGUGUCCGCUUAUAUCAGUGCAUUCCAAACAACCUAACCAUUACGAAACUUGUAUUCUAUCAAAUAAUCAUCACGCAGCAAAUUACCGAUGACAUUUUUCGUUGUUCAAGUUCAAUACUCUCAUUGACCUCCAUACAAAUUCUUCACUUCGUGGUCUUAUUUUCGCUGACAAAUUUUGGGUAAAGUAAACCCUCGCUUUGCCUCUUCCUCUCUGGUGAAAGAGUUGCAAUAGGUCAAAGGAUAUAACCUCGCCUUCACUAUAGAUAAGAUGAGACCAACGAGAUGGCUAAAGGUGAGGCAUGUACAGUUCUUUCUGAUGUCUUUCAGAGGUCAAAAGUGAUGACCUCACCCUCAUAGAUAUUGGAAUCACAGCCUCUUGAGGACCCUAUCAAUAUUGCUGAUGACAUGCAGGAUGAAGUCAGAUAUGAAAAAGAUCAGCCUGAUACGGGGAGCCUGGCCCAAUUCUUUGCUGAUCAAGAAAUAGCCAGCCCAUCUCAGUCAAUAGCGGCUGAACCGGAUGCAGAGAUGCGAGAUGCAGGAGGCUGAUCUGAAGUCAGCUGACCCAACCCAGUCACUAGAGGCUGAAAUAGAAAGUGAGAUGCAGGCUGAUCUAGAGACAGCCAGCCCAUCCCAUGUACAGGAGCCACACCAGACUUCUCUACUCAACUCUGGAGACCUGGAACUAGAGGAUACUGAUGUGACCUUCACCACCACGCCCACGGCCCCCCAGGCUGCAACGUCCCAGGACAGCCUUGUCAGGCUGCAAAGAAGCUCCCCAGACCUCUCCACCUUUGUGCAGGACAUGACUGACAAACACUGGAAUCUGUUGAGUGAGAAUAUGCGUGCCAAGUUAACCAGAGAUGAGUUUACUGCCAAGUGCAUGGACAUUGUCACAUGGGUGAAGAAGAUCAAAUCGACAGUUGUGGUUCCAGCCCUUGACCUCACCAUGCAGAUAGAGCUGACUGAGUUGCCAGGCUCUCCUGGAUCAGGAAGUGAGGAGGCAGUAACUUCUCUUUCCCGCACUGUGAGAUUAAGUUGUACUCAAGGCCCCAGCAGGAGCACCAGCUCUAAAACUUCCUGGAGCAUGCGGACACCCACACUUUUCCCCUCCACUCACAGGUCAAUGACCUCUUUCCUGAGUGAAGAGGACGAUGAAGACUUGAUCCCUGGAGAGUUCACAUAUCUCUCUACACCUGAGGGGGACAAUAGAGAGGUCAAGGACAGACCCUGCUCAGAACCACUCAGGUCUGUGUUUGGCCUGUCUCAGAGCUGUGUUUUCAAUCAAAUGGUCCACAGUGGAGCAUGUAGGUCGCUGAGUGAGAUUGUACUGCCGUCCAGCCGGAGUAGGCAGAGGAAGCUCAUGCCCAUCAUCGUCUCUGCAGACACCCGGUUGGUAAUGGAAAUUGUGGAGAUGGUGAUGAAAGUCAUCAACUCCAGGCUAGCUCAGCUAAUGCUACAUGUGGGUUGUGAUCAGGGAACUGAAGGUCAUGGCAGCAACUCAGCAAGCAUUCGGUUUGCUCAAGAGAUGCUGAGCAUGGCAAUUGCAUCAAUGUAUGCCCACGCCAUGGCGCAUAUUGCGCACGGAAGCAAGUCCAGCAGUCGCCAGUCCAAAAAGUCUCCGCUUGAAUUAGAGGGGGAGCUUGAAGCCAUAUUGGGUCCUCUGGCUGGACAGGUAAUAGUCACCAUCAUUAAUAGUAUCCUCAGGACUAAAGACAAUGGAAGAACUGAGCAGGAACGGACCACCCCUUUGAGUUACUUCCUUACUGCGGUUUCUGCUGAAAUUCAAAGCAUGGUAGUUCAAAUAUCUGCAAGUAGACAGUCCUCCAGGCAGUCCAUCAGUGACCACUUGUUGAAUGUCUCCAAGGGCAAGAUCGUGAAAGCCGUUCAAAUGAAAAUGUCACAACUCUAUGGCGAGUCUACCAAUGAAAGCUGCAUAUCAGCAACUCCAACAAUCCAGAGCCUGUCCAUGUGCUCAUCCAAAGAAUCCCUUUGUGAUUGGACCUCAGACGACGUGCAUCCAGCUAAGUUCCUGUCUAGCAACAGAAUUACAGCAUUGUCGAAUGAUGUUGUGGAUGUUGUGUUUGGUGAUGUUCUUUAUCAUCUUGGACUUUUGGACAGCCAAACACAUUUAAAUCCACAGAGCACCGGCUCCAGCUCAUCAAUAGACAUCAGCGGUGUUGCUGGGGAGAUGGUCAGACAAGUCUCCGUAAAACUCCAGCCCUUUGUUUCUGAGAGCAGUCUGGAGGCCAUGUCCAUGACUCACGACUCACCAUCUCUGCCCAUCUCAGACUCUGACUUGAAGUUCUUGUGCUCUCACUCAGCGUUUGCUGUGGCAACUGCCUGCCAAGCAAUUCAAAAUGAGCUUGAGAUUGAGAUGAGUCUCAACCCAGCCACAGAGGCCGGCUCCCAGGGUAACCUUGCUGCCAGAGACCUGGUAUCUUCUCUGUCACAGAGUCUUGAGGACAUAGAUGUUUCUCACAUCAUUCAGGGCCUUAAGGAGGAAGAUGUGACAUUUGCCAAUCUGAACAAAACCCCUUCAAGCGACACUAAUAGAUUAGAGGAAAUCUUAUCUGCCCAUAUUUCCCCUGAAAGUAUUGCAGCGGCAUCGGUUGAUCUUUUUGAUGGCGUAUUAGGAGACUUGCAGGAGGCAUUUGAGGCAAAUAAGGUCUCAGCAGCCACAAAAUCUGGUCGCAAAAAGUUCUGGGUGGAAGUACAUUUAAGUUCACGAAACCUGUACACCAAUGUGCUGGACAAACUAAAUAAGUGGUUCAGUUUACACCAUCUCACUGAGGAAAAAGACGUCCCUCUGAAUACCAAGCUCUCUGCAACUGGACCACUCCCAACUGAGGCCUGUUUGGAGGUAUCUCCUGUGCAAAAGACCAGUAUUAACAGCUCAGGUAUGUCAUUCAGGUCUCUGAGUGAUAUCUCAGACAACCAGACAACCCUCAACACAUGCACUAAAGAGGUCAUCAAAAAGGUGGCCUCAGUUCUGAAGGUUGAGGCUUCUAAGGAAGACUGUUCUUCUUCCGUUGGAGGGAGGACAUUAAAUGUGUUCUUGGAGUUCAGCCAGAAGUUGGAUGCUCUCAUCUCAAAGUUGGAGGACCUCCCCAUUUCAGGUGAGAUUUCCUCACUCACACAGCCACAAAGUGCAGUCAGCAGCAGCAGAACCUCUAAUAUUUCCAUCCGGAGUAUUCUAAGUAUGGAGUUCCACACAAAGGCUAACCAAAUCGUGAGUGAGGCCAUCUUUGGAGCUGCAAUUGUUUUCAUUGCUCGCAAGGCCAACCAUUUGGAGCUACUGAAUAUGCCUGCUACCUAUUCACAACACCUGUUUGCAGCAGCUUCGGACAUUGUGAACAUUAUUGUGGAAGACCUAGAGAGAGAGACCAUGGAUACAGAGUCCCACCUCAUACCUAAAAUAGUUUUUGAUGAGUUCCUGGAUGUGGCUCACAACAUCUACUACCGAGUGAGGGAUAGGCUGAAGGUCUUCUUCUCCAUGUCCCCAGUGCCAGCCUCCAAAACCAAAGAUAUGGUGGAUUCCAUGCCCUUGGAGAAACAUGGAUACUUUGAGGCCUCUGACACUGCUCAUGACCCGGAGCGAUCUCAAUCUGUCAGGAGUGAGAAGAUGUUGACAAAAGACAGUUUAGCCAAUGUUGAAAGGUCUAAAUCCCUUGCGUCUCAGGGUGACGCGUCAACAGAAAAUCAAGACUUUGACACCUUCACAUUGACACCCACCAAGAGCAUGUCAGUGUUGAGUGAUCACAGUUUGAAAGGAGAUUUUUCUCUCUUGAGUGAAAGUUGCCAACCACUUUUGGCUCUCCAAGACUCAACUGUGCCAGUGACUAAGCAGAGUUUCACCAAAUCUGCUAAAAACACCCUCAGCCAGAUCCUAAAUGUGAUCAAGUGCAGAGUGGUUGCCUCGAAUAAUUCAUCUGUUGGAAAGAAGACAACUGACAUGUUGGACUCUCUUCUUGAGAGCCUUGACCAGUUGACUGCAGAUGAGAUAAAGGGGACAACGUCCCACAGCUUGAUCACAAUAGAUGUGCCAGAAUCACUGUCUAAGCAAUCCUUGACAAAAUACUUGUCAACUCAUGAGAGGAACCAGGAUUCUUCCCCUGCAGAGCUUGUAUGUCAACCAUCAUGUCUGAUACCAACAUCCAUAUCUGACACCAACAUUAUAUUGCAAACUAUAAUGGAAACGCUGGUGACGGACGAAUCAAGGAAGACUUCAACAGAGGAAAACCUUGAGAGGCUCGUCUCCAUUGAAACCAUUCAAGGUGUGUCAGACGACCUCAUCACAAAGGUCCAUAGUCUCAUUCAGGAGAUCACAAUAAGCCGGCAACUUCAAUCCAUGGCUGGUCACAGGAGCUUCUCUGAACCGGCAUUGCCAAAGCCAGCCCUGAAAAAGCUGUCAAGGAAUGAUGCCUUUGAGCUCGCCUACAGCUUUGCCGAAAAUUCUGUUAGGACUCUCCUGGGGCAGUGUUUAAAUGUGUCACUCGUUUCCACCGGAGUAAGGCAGACGAUGGAUCAGGUCACUAAGAUAAUGACCAACACAGUGAUGGACACCCUGACUGAUGUGUCCAAGCCCACAGUGAAGUCAGAGGAUGAAUUAGUUUCCAGGUUAGUCCAACCAGAUGAAUUCCCCACCAGGAGCCUUAACCCAGCUGAUGGUAACGCUGAGGUGACGCCUCGCUCUGCUGGAGGGGAAAAGAAUAGCAAGAAGUGGCGUUUCCUUUUCAAAAUGCCUAACAUCCCGAAGGUGUUCAAGAGAAAAGGACAAUCCAAGAAGCACCCUGAACUGGAAGCGCUGCCAACAAAACGUUUCAGUGAUAUGUCACUGAAGGUUCCUUCCGCUUCCCCGCCCAUGGAGGACCUGAUACCUGCACCUACGGCACAGGAUCCCCAGUCCCGUAAAUGCCCCUUCCUGGUUAGGGUGUUUCGGGCCCUCUCUCGAGCCAUCACCAGCCCCUUCAGAGGAGCUUCAGGCAAGAAACACUAGAUAAGUGCCUGAUUUUAAUAAACAUUACUGCAUUUAUUUUUGUGUCUAUAGCAGUCGUAUGUGCAAAAUAACAAGACUAGUACAAGUUAUUAAUACUUUAUAGUGGUAGACUUUUUAUGGUCAUUGAUUGUGGAAUACUGAUAAAGACAAAAUAUUGCUUCUUAUAGGGAUACCUUACCUUCAGUGUGGCAUGCCCAUAUUCCAAAUGUCAAAUAGGGAAUCCCCAGCUACCCACCUCUAAGACUCCUGAGACGCACUGAUAAUUCUCACAGUAUCCCACUCAUCCCACUCCUAGCUUAUUGUCUAUGGCUGGUUUAACAACAGUACUUCAUCAUUCGUUUUUACAUCUGGAUCGCUUAGAAUUAACAUGGUGAGGCCUCAUACGUUUGAUGCACACGAUGACUGUAGUAGGUGUGGGGGAGCACAUGGGCCAAGACUGAGUGACAAAACUAUAACCCUUCCUGAUGGGAAUUCCUCGAACAGUGUGGCUUUUCCGAAGGGUAUACAGCACAUCCUACCAUCAUUUACAUGGGUCACUCUCAACACCAAAGCUUCACCCUUCACAUGUCUUUCUUCAUCAUGGAAUUUCACUCAAUUUUUACCCCUGUUGAUCAUAUCUUUGGUCUGCAUGUUUGAGUGGAACAUCAGACGGAUUAUUUGUUUGUGUGUAAUAUAGGACAUCAAAGGCUUUGCUCAUGGUAUUUUAGUCUUAAUAGGGAAAAGAGUGUAAAAUAUGUCAACAAUAAGGAUGUAGACUUCAAACCAGGUAACUGAACUCAAAUUGCAAGCUAUUUCUUACAUUCAUAGAAUUGUCUAUAUUAGAACUCACAUUGACAUUAGCAUUUUGACAGAUGACAUUGACUGAUGAGUUCAGAGAGCACUGAAAGUUGUUCGACGGAGGGCGCAGCUCGGGAUUCUAAUAAUGUAAUAUUGUCCACACGACCCUGAGCCCACAGCACUUUGAUGGAGAACAUUGUUGAAUCAUGAAUAUGCCUCCCUCUGACGGUGACACAGGCAUCCGCCCCCUAACCCUGCACAUACCAUCUGGGACCAACCCUCAUAUUCUAUUCAGCAGUAGUCAACAGCUUAUAUUGGUGCUGCUUUAUCAUCUGUGAAGACAGGGUAAAUGACUGACACACGCCUCCCAACAAACACACCGGCAGACACGUACACUCCCCCCUGGACAGUGAUUCACUAUUAAUAAUAUUCUCAGCGUGAGGCAAAGUACAUGAUUACUCCCAUCUCCCUAACAAAUGGAAGGGAUAGAAGGAAAAACAGCAUCGCCCCAUGAGGUCAAUCAGCCAGUCCAGGAUGAAGAGAAGAGUAAUGGUGCUGUGAGGUAUACAGUGACGGUCUGUGGAUGAUGUGUCUCAUAUAUUAUGGAUGAAACCUUAUGUUUUCCAUCACUGUCAGAUGUGCUUUGCUGCUGUCAUCUGCCAGCGAUGUAGUUCCUAAACUGACCUAUUUAGAAUUCUAUAUUCGAGGGCCACCGUCAAUUGAAACAUUGAAUGUACAAAAUGGCAAUUAUGAGUCACCCGCAUUGCUCAUCGGUGUUAGUAAUUAGUUACUUGCACCAGUUCCCAGGACAAGAGCAAGUGGUUUGGAAACGGAUUAACUCACCCUACUGUGUGUGUGUCUGUCUGUCUGUGUGUGUCUGUCUGUG